AUGUUUGCGAGCGGCGUGGUAUCGGGCCAACGUGGUCUCAUCAUCUAUGUGUUCACGUUUGCCGCCAAUAUAUCGGCAACAGCUGCUCUCGCAUAUCGCAUUUGGAAAGUGGACAGAGAUGCUGCCUGUCAGACUAGCUCGCGCAGUAGCUUGCGACCCGUGGCCAUUGUCAUCAUCGAGUCCGGAGCCAUAUAUACAGCAAUUCUAAUCCUUGCUCUCAUUGCGGCGAUACAUGCGCUAGAGGCGGAGUACGUCGUCAAUAGCAUUAUCCCAGCUGUGAUCUCGGCAACGUUCAACAUGGUCUUUAUACGCAUCGCUCUAGCGAGAGUACCGGGCGCAAGUUCUUCGUCCUCGCCCAAAAUCACAGUCAGCUCUGUGUUAUUCAACCCCAGGGCGUUCGCUACGAGCACCAAGAGAACAGGAAGCAGUGCCAAUGUCUCCGCCACUCCGCCAGUGUAUAUUCAGGAUGUCUCCACCGAGAGGGAUGGGAUAGACUCAGUAUGA